GGACCCCGUUAUGCAAUAAGGAACCAACCGUCAAUUUUUGAAAAACCGAGAUAUUACCACUAUACUAAUUGGAAUAUGUUACUUUACCAAUUUGCAAUAGAGAUCCAAAUAUUUAUGAUGAUAUAGCCAUCUACGGGCCAAUAAAGCCAAUUUGCAAAAUUAAAAAUAAUGAAAUAAAAGUUUUCUAUAAAGAUCCAAACCCAUCUGGAUCCUUUUUACAGGAAUCUGUAUUCUAUUCGUUGCGCAGGUCUGAACCAGAGUUAUUUGGGUCUCUUUUGCGAAUUUAACCAAGUGUCUUUAUUCAAACGGCGAAUGUUGUAACGGGUAUUAUUGUUUAGUGUUUUUAGCCGGUGUUUAUUUACUGCAACAUGUUUAAACAAAAUAUAGUUUCUCAGAGAGUUCAAAAGAUAUUAAAUAAUACAAAACUAUUGUCACAGUCACCUUUAGCUGAAAUAGAUCAAAAUCAGAAUAGCAUUUUAAAAUUAAAUAACUUGUUUGUGGCACCAAAUAAUAUGGAGUUGGUUCCGUCAACUAGUAGACUUUCAUAUGUAGAAGAGAAGCAAAGAGAUAAAGGGGAGAACUAUACAAACUAUAGUGAACCAAUAGCAGACAUACAAUUAGGGCAAAAAAACUAUAUUAUAGUUGCCGAAAAAAACUCUGAUGACUUUAUAAAGAUUGAUACUUACCAGGCUAAUCCUAAUGAAGAAUGUAAUCUGGGUAUCAACCAGAGUCUACCAGUGGCAGAAGUUUUGGUCUAUCCAGAAUUUUCACGUACUCACACAAACCAGAAAGAAGAUUUCUUUGAGCCCCCAACUGACAUGGAGGCACUUCCUUCAACUAGUACUCCCUUAUGUUUAGAAGAGGAACGAGAUGUUGAAGGGAAGAAUGGUAUCAACUAUAAUGAGCCAAGAGCAGAACUAAGGAAAAUGGAUAGAUGUAAUAGAGACUUUGAGGAAGACUCUGAUGACUCCAUAAGGGAUCAAACUUACCAGCCUGAUUCCAACGCAGAAUCGUCAGAAAAAAAUGCAGACAGCGAGCCAGAAAAUGAGCCUGUUUUUAAAAAAAGCGAGGGACGUCCUGGAAGGGGAAGGAAAAGAAAGUUUCCAGAACAGGAUAGACAUUUAAGAAAAGUAUAUACCAAUAGUAAUAAGCGACAUUAUACGGCAAAAGGAAACCUUGUACAACCCAAAGAGUUUAUUGAAUUUAAAUGCAAAUGUCUUGCGAAUUGUCAUGAAAAAAUUUCGCUAGAGGAGCAGCGGAAUUUUUUUCAACAAUAUUGGAAUUUAGCAGACUACAACGUGCAAACCACUUUUCUUUCUACAUACAUAAGGGAAUCAUCUGUAAAGAAAAAACUUGUGACUGCAAAAAAUCCUCAAAUGCGAAACUUUUCCAGACAAUAUUUUAUUAACAAAACGGAAGUUUGUAGGGAUAUGUUUAUCAACGUUUUACGUGUAUCUACCAAACGCAUAAAUACGGCGCUUUGCAAAGUCAGAAAGUUAGAAAUACCAGAUCGGCGAGGUCUAAGUAGUGGUGGACAUAACAAAAUGUCAGCUGAUCAAGAAAGUGCUGUAAUUACACAUAUCAACCAAUUUCCACGCUAUAAAUCUCACUAUUGCAGAUCUACAAAAGGAAAUCAAGAGUUUUUGCAAGAAGGGACAACAUUGACAAUAAUGUAUAAACUUUAUAAAAUUGCAAAUUUAAAACCAGUAAGUUUUUCAUCCUACAAAAAGAUAUUUCUAACGAAGUUUAAUUUAAGACAAAAAAAGCCCAAAAAAGACACAUGCAAUAAGUGUGACACUUUUAGUGCAAAAAUAAAAGGUUUAACAAAUGAAGAGGAAAAAAUAAAAGUUCAAAGUGAGCACGAUCUUCAUUUGCAAGAAGCAGAAACAGCAAGAAAAGAAAUGAAUUUAGAUCUUGAGAUUGCAGAAAAUAAUGAAAAUACGGAGACUGUAACAUUCGACAUGCAAAAGACGCUUCCUCUUCCUCGACUAAGUACAAAUAUUUUGUUUUACAAAAGGCAGCUAUGGUUGUACAAUUGCGGCAUUUAUGCUGGAAAGCAAAAAAAAUCCACGUUUAACAUUUGGAUCGAAGGGGAAGCUGGCAGAGGAGCCCAGGAGGUAGGCUCCUGUUUAAGAAAAUAUAUCGCCAUGAAUAACAUAUCGGAGAGUGUUGAAAAUUUAAUUUUUUGGAGCGAUUCGUGCGGGGGGCAGAACCGCAACAUUAAAAUGGUGCUUAUGAUGAAAUGUAUUCUAGAGGAGACUUUGCAUUUAAAAAGUAUUAGAAUAAGGUUCCUGGUCUCUGGUCACAGUUUCCUCCCAAAUGAUAGUGACUUUGGGGAUGUUGAAUGUGCAAUUAAAAAACAAAAUAAGAUUUUUUCUCCGCAGGAUUAUAUUAACAUCAUGCGAACAUGUAGGAGGAAACGCCGUAUCAAUAUAAACAGAAUGGUAAAAGACGAUUUUGUAAGUACGAAAAAAUUAGAAAAGGCCAUCGUAAAUAGAAAAAAAACUUGUGAGGCAGAGAAAAUAAAUUGGCUACAUAUUAAGGAAAUUAAAAUUUUAAAAGAGAAAAAAAACAGCAUUUUUAUCAGGGCAGGCUACAAUGAUGAAAGCGAAUAUAAGGAAAUUAAUAUUAAAAAAGGAAAGGGCCCCAAUGUUAACCUUUCUACACUUUUAGAACCUCUUUGGCCAAAUGGAAAAGAAGUGGCUGAAGCGAAACUAAAAGACAUAAAAAGUUAUUUACAUCUAAUUCCCGAAGAGGACCACCCUUUUUAUAAAAACCUUAUCGGAAAUCCAAAUAUUGUGGAGGACAUAGAUGGCUAUAACAUGGACUUAGACUUUGAUCUAGAGGAAUAUUAAUUAAAAUCCAAAGAUAAUAAUUUUGUUUCUUGUGUUUUCUUUUUGUUUUGUUUUUUUGUUGUUUUUUUUAUAAGAAUGUUUAUUUUUUUAAAUAAAAUGCUAAUUUGGGUCUAGCAUUAAA